AGGACGAAAAAUAUUACGGGGAGUCGGCUCACCAAAAAAAAAGGCUCGCCCCAUUUUUUGUUCAAAUUCACGGAAAAGUUCCAGUUCAUUCGCAUCUCUUUCACUAAUGGACUCCAUUCAAUCAUUGCUCCCCUACAUCAUCUCCGGUGCUGCAGUUGCUGCCGCUGCUUACUUCCUUGUCAACAAGAAGCAACCUGCAUUGGAUCCCAAGGUCUACAAGAAGUUUAAGCUCAUUGAGAAGAUUAUCAUCUCCCACAACACUGCCUUGUAUCGCUUCGGUUUGCCUAACAAGGAUGAUGUCCUUGGACUGCCCAUUGGACAGCAUAUCUCCAUCAUGGCAGAGAUCAAUGGUAAGCAGAUCUCACGCAGCUACACCCCUACUAGCUUGGAUGAGGAUAAGGGUCAUUUUGAUUUGCUGAUCAAGUCUUACCCUACUGGAAACAUUUCCAAGUAUGUCGGCGAGCUUAAGGUUGGCGAUAGCAUUUCUGUUAGAGGACCUAAGGGAACUUUCAACUACACCCCCAACCUUGUUAGAGAAUUUGGCAUGAUUGCUGGCGGAACUGGUAUUACCCCCAUGCUCCAAAUCAUUCGAGCUGUUCUUCGCAACCCCAAUGACACUACCAAGAUCAACUUGAUCUUUGCCAACGUGAACGACGAAGAUAUUUUGCUCAAGAAGGAAAUUGAUGAGCUUGCCAGAAAGCACAGCAACUUCAAUGUUCACUAUGUUUUGAACAAUGCUCCCGCCAACUGGACUGGUGGUGUCGGCUUUGUCACUCCUGACAUGAUCAAGCAAUACUGCCCUGCUCCUGCCAAGGAUAUCAAGAUUUUGUUGUGUGGCCCUCCUCCCAUGAUCAGCGCCAUGACCAAGGCCACCACUGAACUCGGUUAUGACAAGCCCCGAGCAGUCAGCAAAUUGGAAGAUCAAGUUUUCAAGUUUUAGAUCCAUAUUACCCUCUUGUCGCGAA